CCGUCGUGCAUGAAAUGAUCGUUAAAUUAAAAGAACGUUACCCACUCGAGGCCGGUUCAGUCAGUCACUGACAACGAACCCGAAACGACGUUAACGAAUCCGACGGGUAUAAAAAACCAACGAACCCAAACUUAAUUAAACAGCAUAAAAAAAAAUUGGAAUAUUAACUAAUUAAAAACGCAUUCAGACCAACGCCGACGCCAACCAACUACCGACAAAAUGCUCGACGCCGCCAAUGAAAAUAGCGCAGCUCCCGCCGCCCAGACGGACAGCGAAGUACGGCGUGCUUCCGCCGCCCAGCGCCGAGUGGCGCGCCGCCUGCUCAUCGAGCUGCUGAUCAUAGUGGUGCUAACGAUACCCAUCUGCAUCUUUGAGUUUGCCGUGGAGCCGGCGCGGCGCGGCUUCUUCUGCGACGAUGAGAGCAUACGGUACCCGUUCAGUGACAACACUGUCACGCCCGUGAUGUUGGGCCUGCUGGCCGGCGCACUACCGCUCGUAAUCUUCGUUGUGGUCGAGUAUGUGCAUGCUCUGCGCGCCGGUGAGCUGUCGUCGACGGUGGAGCUGCUCGGCUGGCAGAUGUCAACCUGGUAUGUGGAGCUGGCCCGUCAGUUGACCUAUUUUGGCUUCGGUAUUCUGCUGACCUUCGAUGCCACCGAGGUGGGCAAGUACACGAUUGGACGCCUGCGACCCCAUUUUAUUGCUGUGUGCCAGCCUCAGCUGAACGACGGCACACUAUGCACCGAUCCGGUCAACCUGCAUCGCUAUGUGGAGAACUACGAGUGCGCCGGAGAGGGCUAUACCAUUGCGGAUGUCCGGCAGGCGCGUCUUAGCUUCCCCAGCGGCCACUCUAGCAUCGCCUUCUACGCGCUCCUCUACGUGGCGCUCUAUCUGCAGCGCAAGGUGACUUGGCGCAGCUCCAACUUUGCGCGCCACUUUCUGCAGUUCGUGCUCAUCAUGCUGGCAUGGUACACUGCGCUGAGCCGCGUCAUGGACAGCUGGCAUCACUGGUCGGAUGUGCUCGUCGGCUCGCUGAUAGGCGUGACCGUAGCCUUGAUAACCGCCCGCUACAUUGCCAAGUUUUUCAAAUCGCCGUUCAGCGACGUCCCUCUGGGCGGUGGGCUGAGGAGGGAGGACACCUCGGCCACGCUGCAGGAGGAGGUGUGCCCCAGCACGCCGCCCCCCUACUGUGUUAAUAGCAGUUACAACGAAGAUCAGUAUUGUACCAAAGUUUAGACAGAGGACAACCCUUCCACGAUCAGAGAUCGUCGAGUGGAAGAAAAGUGCAAAAUUGUAAUUAAACAUUCCAAAGCAAAUAAAAUAUACACGCAAAACGCGUCCUGUGCAAAA